GAUGGGCAAUGUGAUGGAGGGGAAGACGGUGGAGGAGCUGAGCAGCACCGAGUGUCACCAAUGGUACAAAAAGUUCAUGACCGAAUGCCCCUCAGGCCAGCUUACCCUCUAUGAGUUCCGCCAGUUCUUUGGCCUCAAGAACCUGAGCCCAACAUCCAGCAAGUACGUGGAGCAGAUGUUUGAGACCUUUGACUUUAACAAGGAUGGCUACAUCGACUUCAUGGAGUACGUGGCGGCGCUGAGCCUGGUCCUCAAGGGGAAAGUGGAACAGAAACUGCGCUGGUAUUUCAAGCUCUACGAUGCGGAUGGCAACGGAUGCAUCGACCGUGAUGAGCUGCUCACCAUCAUCCGGGCCAUCCGAGCCAUUAACCCUUACAGCGACUCUCCCAUGAGUGCGGAGGAGUUCACAGAUUUAGUGUUCUCCAAGAUCGACGUCAAUGGGGAUGGGGAGCUCUCCCUGGAGGAGUUCAUGGAGGGUGUCCAGAAGGACCAGAUGCUCCUGGACACACUGACACGCAGCCUGGACCUUACCCGCAUAGUACGCAGGCUCCAGAACGAAGAGCAGGACGACCAGGAGGCUAGUGAAAAGGUGGUGGAGGCAACUGGCUGAGUCAAUGCCC